GGCCUGCCUCGCGCGCGCUGCCUCCCGAGGGCGAGCGAGGAGGGCGCUCGGUGGGGACCACAACUCCCAGCAAACCUCGCGAUGCCGCUCCUGGCUUUUCAAAACGCGGAGGAAAAGGACGGAGAGCACGGAGGCCUUCUGGUGUCCGCUCUCCGAAAGGCGGGAAAGGCAAACUACACCUCCCGACGGCCCGCGCGCGCUCGCGCCUGCGCCCUGAGGCCUGUCGCCAUCUUGCCCCUUCUGAGGCACAGCAAACAAACCCAAUUCCUGGUGUCCCCUAGUCUUGGCGGAGGAGCCUUUUAGAUGAGCCCCGAAAGGCCGGGCAGGGAAGACAAGCUCUUUGGGGCUACCAAAAAGAAGCAGCAAUGCCUGUUGUGUGGCCAACCCUUUUGGAUCUCAGCAGGGAUGAAUGCAAAAGGAUUCUUCGAAAAUUGGAAUUGGAGGCGUAUGCUGGAGUUAUCAGUGCACUUCGGGCACAGGGAGAUCUCACCAAGGAAAAGAAAGAUCUUCUUGGAGAACUCUCGAAAGUUCUUAGCAUCUCAACAGAACGCCACCGUGCUGAAGUUCGGAGAGCAGUAAACGAUGAACGGUUAACAACAAUUGCACAUAAAAUGAAUUUAUCCUUAUAUUUGGGUGAAAGACCAAGUUACAGUAUGUCUGGACCUAAUAGUUCUUCAGAAUGGUCCAUUGAAGGUCGUCGAUUGGUACCACUGAUGCCCCGGCUGGUUCCCCAGACCGCCUUCACUGUAACAGCUAAUGCUGUUGCCAAUGCAGCUAUCCAGCACAAUGCAUCCCUUCCAGUGCCCGCGGAAACAGGAAGCAAGGAAGUAGUGGUUUGCUAUUCCUACACAAGUACCACGUCAACCCCAACCUCUACCCCUGUUCCAAGUGGCAGCAUAGCAACGGUUAAGUCUCCAAGACCUGCCAGUCCUGCCUCCAAUGUAGUUGUCUUGCCAAGUGGAAGUACUGUUUAUGUCAAAAGUGUUAGUUGUUCAGAUGAAGAUGAAAAACCCAGAAAACGAAGGCGAACAAACUCUUCUAGCUCCUCCCCUGUUGUCCUGAAGGAAGUUCCAAAGGCUGUUGUUCCAGUCUCAAAGACCAUCACUGUGCCUGUGAGUGGCAGUCCCAAGAUGAGCAACAUCAUGCAGAGCAUUGCCAACUCCUUACCACCUCAUAUGUCUCCUGUGAAAAUAACAUUUACCAAACCAUCAACACAAACAACAAACACAACAACACAGAAGGUUAUUAUAGUGACCACAUCACCAAGUUCAACCUUCGUGCCCAACAUUCUCUCCAAAUCCCAUAACUAUGCAGCAGUCACUAAGCUUGUACCAACAUCAGUCAUUGCUUCCACAACUCAGAAGCCACCAGUGGUUAUAACUGCUUCACAGUCCUCCUUGGUCAGUAGUAGCAGCAGUGGCAGCAGCAGUUCUACACCAUCACCUAUUCCCAAUACAGUUGCAGUAACAGCUGUGGUAUCUUCCACGCCAUCUGUGGUCAUGUCAACAGUAGCACAAGGUGUAUCUACAUCAGCAAUCAAAAUGACAUCAACCAGACUUCCUUCCCCCAAAAGCUUAGUGGGUACUCCAACUCAGAUUCUUGCACAGUUUCCUAAGCAGCAUCAACAGUCUCCUAAGCAGCAGUUACAUCAAGUACAGCAACAGACACAACAACAGGUGGCCCAGCCUUCUACAGUAUCUCAUCAGCAACAGCCUCAGCAGUCUCCAUUGCCACCUGGUAUUAAGCCUACCAUUCAAAUCAAACAAGAGUCAGGUGUUAAAAUCAUCACGCAACAAGUUCAACCAAGUAAAAUCUUACCCAAACCAGUCACAGCAACUCUGCCUACCAGUAGCAAUUCCCCUAUUAUGGUGGUUAGCAGUAAUGGUGCAAUUAUGACAACUAAACUGGUAACCACUCCUACUGGUACACAGGCGACGUAUACCCGGCCAACGGUGAGCCCGUCCAUAGGUCGGAUGGCUGCAACCCCUGGAGCGGCAACCUAUGUGAAAACUACCAGUGGCAGCAUCAUUACAGUAGUGCCCAAAUCAUUGGCUACCUUGGGGGGCAAGAUAAUUAGCAGUAACAUAGUUUCUGGAACGACUACCAAAAUCACUACAAUCCCAAUGACUUCCAAGCCCAAUGUGAUUGUUGUGCAAAAGACUACAGGAAAAGGAACCACCAUUCAAGGACUCCCAGGCAAAAACGUUGUCACAACAUUGCUAAAUGCUGGAGGAGAAAAGACUAUUCAGACAGUGCCAACAGGAGCAAAACCAGCUAUCAUCACUGCUACAAGACCCAUCACCAAAAUGAUUGUAACGCAGCCAAAGGGAAUAGGUUCCACAGUUCAACCAGCAGCUAAGAUCAUCCCAACAAAAAUUGUUUAUGGCCAGCAAGGGAAAACACAGGUUCUUAUAAAACCCAAACCAGUGACAUUUCAAGCCACAGUUGUUAGUGAACAAACAAGGCAGCUUGUCACAGAAACAUUACAACAAGCAUCCAGGGUGGCGGAGGCUGGUAAUUCAUCAAUUCAGGAGGGAAAAGAAGAACCACAGAAUUAUACAGAUAGUAGUUCCUCUUCCGCAGAGUCUUCCCAAAGUUCCCAAGAUUCCCAGCCUGUAGUUCAUGUAAUUGCUUCCCGGCGUCAGGAUUGGUCAGAACAUGAGAUUGCAAUGGAGACUAGCCCCACCAUAAUUUAUCAGGAUGUAUCCAGUGAAUCACAAUCAGCUACUUCAACAAUCAAAGCUCUGUUAGAACUCCAACAGACAACAGUAAAGGAAAAAUUGGAAUCUAAACCAAGACAACCCACUAUUGACUUGAGUCAAAUGGCAGUGCCUAUUCAGAUGACCCAGGAAAAGAGACAUUCUCCUGAGAGUCCAUCCAUUGCUGUGGUAGAGUCAGAACUAGUUGCUGAAUACAUCACUACUGAACGCACUGAUGAGGGGACAGAGGUUGCUUUUCCCCUUCUAGUCAGCCAUCGCUCCCAGCCCCAACAGCCCUCCCAGCCCCAGAGGACCCUCCUCCAGCAUGUGGCUCAGUCACAGACUGCGACACAGACUUCUGUGGUGGUGAAGUCCAUCCCGGCGUCUUCCCCUGGAGCCAUCACCCACAUUAUGCAGCAGGCUUUAAGCAGUCACACUGCUUUUACCAAACACAGCGAGGAACUUGGAACUGAGGAGGGCGAGGUUGAAGAGAUGGACACUUUAGACCCUCAGACAGGUCUGUUUUACCGAUCUGCCCUGACUCAGUCACAGUCAGCUAAACAGCAGAAACUUAGCCAGCCCCAGCUGGAACAGACUCAGCUGCAAGUGAAAACUCUGCAGUGCUUCCAGACUAAACAGAAGCAGACCAUCCACCUGCAGGCAGACCAGCUCCAGCACAAACUCCCGCAAAUGCCCCAGCUUUCCAUCAGGCAUCAAAAACUCACCCCUCUCCAGCAAGAACAAGCACAGCCCAAGCCAGAUGUACAGCACACACAGCAUCCCAUGGUGGCCAAAGACAGGCAGCUUCCUACCUUAAUGGCACAGCCCCCACAAACUGUAGUACAGGUGCUUGCAGUGAAAACCACGCAGCAGCUCCCUAAACUGCAGCAGGCUCCGAACCAACCAAAAAUCUACGUGCAACCCCAAACCCCCCAAAGCCAAAUGCCGCUGCCAGCCUCGUCAGAGAAACAGCCGGUGAGCCAGGUGGAGCAACCAAUUAUAACCCAAGGAUCCUCUGUUACAAAGAUAACUUUUGAGGGGCGCCAGCCUCCCACAGUUACAAAGAUAACUGGUGGCAGUUCUGUGCCUAAGCUGACAUCACCAGUUACAAGCAUAUCUCCCAUUCAGGCCUCUGAGAAGACAGCAGUGUCAGACAUUUUGAAAAUGUCUUUGAUGGAAGCUCAGAUUGAUACAAAUGUAGAGCAUAUGGUAGUGGAUCCCCCAAAGAAGGCUCUUGCCACUAGUAUGCUCACUGGUGAAGCAGGAUCAGUAUCUUCCACUCACGUGGUGGUGACAGGGAUGGUGAAUUCCACUCCCCAGCAACAGAAAUGUAGAGAGUCCUGUGCAAGUCCAUCUGCUGUUGGUCCUCCCCUAACGACAAGGAAAAUCGAUGCUACAGGAGUGUCUACAGCAGGCCAGUUCAUGCGUAUUCAGAAUGUAGGCCAAAAGAAAGCAGAAGAGAGCCCAGCAGAAAUUAUCAUCCAGGCCAUUCCCCAGUAUGCUAUUCCUUGUCACUCCAGCUCCAAUGUGGUAGUAGAGCCCAGCGGGCUUCUUGAGCUAAACAACUUCACCAGUCAGCAGUUGGAUGAUGAUGAGACAACAAUGGAGCAGGACAUAGACAGUAGCACAGAGGAUGGAACUGAGCCCAGCCCUUCUCAGAGUUCUGCUGAACGGUCCUAGUAUUUUGGACACAGGAGUGCACUUUAAAACCUACUUGAUUACCAAGUGUCCAGGGAAGCCCUUGUAUUUUGAUGUAUAAAGAGAGCACUUUGCCCAUGCUAAGGCUGUGGACCCCAAAACAGCAGUGUUUCAGCAAGAUUUGCUGCAGGAGCAGCAUUUUAAAACAAGAAAACUCACAGGGGAAUGUACUUUU